GGCCUACCUCUUGUACUUUCGGUUUCAUUGCGCUGCGAUUGCAGCAGGUUGUGUUCGCGAGCAAAAUGGCUUCCAAUCUUCAUCAGCUACAAGAUAUAUUUCGCCUUCCAGUUGAAUUACCGGAUGGUGAACUGCUGCGAGAUACACCCGAAAAUAAAACCAACAUCUGUAUUGUAGCUGUCAUUGGCAAGGGCAGGCUGAAUCCUUUCUCCAGCAAGGCCACACCUCUAAACCCUUUGAUUGACAGGGAUGUAUUUCAUGGAACUGAAGGCUAUCUGAAAGAAAAGAUCAUUGAGGGCUCAGUGGAAUGCUUCUACGACGCUGACAGCAAAGUUAUGUAUGCCCACCUAGUCUCUCACUACGACGUCAGCGUCCUGGUGCAGCAGUGUCAGCAGCUUGACCACGUGGACAACUCUAAGAAUCUGUACACAGUUCUACAAGAGGAAGAGCUUAGACACGCCCAGCAUCUUCUGAUGUUGUUCAGCUUGUCACACAUUGUUUUGCUCUGCCAUCCGGGAGGUGCAUUUGACCUGGCAUAUCUGAAGUUGUUUCACACCAUAGACUCGAUCAGACUGAAACUGCAGGGCAGCCUGUACGAAGUCCUCUCCUCCGUCCCCGGUGUGAGCAAGGAUUGGUCAGAGUUUGGCCGCGUCUGCACCCCGCGUGUGCUGUUCCUGUUCGAGACACCGUCCAUCGACGUACAGCCCGAGGACGGAGACGCUGGCUCGAGCAAGUCGAACAAGAAAUACCCCCCAAUGAAGAAGCUGCAGAUGUAUAUGGAGGACGUCAUCUACAGAAUCCUCCGCAGGGCAAGGGCAAUCACCAACGUCUCGAACAACUCUCUGUUCUCUGUCCCGGCCAACAUGGAGUUUGUCUACAUUCUCUGCAAGCGCUCGGAGGUGUCCGACCCUGUGGACUUUCAGACGCAGCAGCUGAAGCAGCGAUGUUUCCCCUCAAAUGAAGAAAACGCCCCGGUCAGCCAGAAGCCUAGACCGUACAGUGCCAGUCGCCGUAAGCUGAGUGCAGGAAUCCCCAACCCCUUGCCCCUGUCGGCCCCGUCCAGCCUAGUGGCUCCCUCGUCCCACGCCACAGCGCAGGGCAAGCUCCAGCAGACGUCGAAGCUGUCAGCCACCGGGCUGCGAUGGAGUCAGGAGCAAGGGUUGAAGGAGUUUCUAUGGCAACACAUCGAGAUGGUCUUCUCCAAAAGCAUCAACGACAAUGUGGGCCGGCAUGGAGUGGAACCUGUGUUUGUGCUUCCCACCUUGAGCACCUGGCUUCUGGCUGCCAACGCCAUGCAGAAAUAUUUCUUUGGGCCGGAUCAGUCGACAGACGUUCACUCCGUCGUGAGUUCCCUCACCAGUAUGUUGGACAUCAGUCUCAGGUUUUCGGAAGCUCGCUGCAAAAAGGUGAUGCCGCUAGCCGAAGGUGCAUACCAGCAGGACUUGCCUCCCUUCUACAUCACAGCCUAUCACCUCAACAAGCUGAGCAAGGCGAAGAGAGUGUUCAGCCAGUAUGCCCGCGGGCCAGCCACCGAGGGCCACCUCAAGGAACUGGAAAAGUUGUGCACGGACUACUGGAAGGCCGGGCGGCAGCAGUGUGAGGUGCUCUCUCUCACCGGCAAUCUCUGCAACUCCAAGGUUCACCGGUUACCGUUAGAAGAUCUGGAGACGAGUGGAGAGCUACAGCUGUCGGUGUCGGAGCACGUGAGUCAGCUCAAGACUAAGGCGGCUUGCAACUGUGGCCGUAUGCAGAUGGAGAAAGACGACCCCUUCACUCACAAGUUUGCCAACUACGACUUCUAUCAGCUACUUGAGGCAAAGUGCUGCGGUUGCCUCGAGCACAUCCCACUUCCUGUUUUCAUGCCGACCACGCCCGACGCUCGCGCAGCAACGGUCUCAGUGACACCUUCCAGUUUCUCCCCCGGCAGCCAGGAGCAACAGCAACAACAACAACAGACUGUCGACAGUGGAGGGAAAGACGGAGGAGAGAAGGGAGAUGUUUUCUCCACCCUCUCUGAGCUGAGUCUAGCUCUAAGUCUAGGUCAGACUGGGGCUGGAGAACUGGAUCAGAAGGUGAACCUACUUGACGGAGACAGGGAAGUAACUCAGCCCGCCCAGCAGGAGAGGGAGAGCACUCUGUCCCCGCACACGGCAGAGAGAGCGGCUCUCGCUAGCACCGCUGAAGUGAAACCUGCUCCGGUCCGCCAACAUUCCACCACUGAGUACCUCCCAUACAUGAUGCACAGCAAGGCGCCGCAUGGCCUUCUCCCCACGUUCCCCUCUUUCUCCUUAUGCCGGCUAGGAGCUGCCAGCUUUUAUUCUCACAUGAUUGGCCUAGAGCUGCCAGGCUUCUUGCCAGGAGGCAACUUCCUGUUACCCUGGGACAUCGCAGUGAAGAACGAGCAGGAGAAAUGGCCGACCGUCUCCGAGACUUUUGCUGGCGGGAAGAAACGCAUGCAGCGGAAGCCUGUCAAAGCCCCGAGCGAGGGCGGCGACACGAUGAGCACGGUGCGGGUGUACCUGGGCAUGGAGUACGAGUGUCCCCGCGGCCAUCGCUUCUUCUGCAGCGGGCCCGACAAGGUCAUCAAGGUCUCCACUAACAGCAUUGUCAAGGACAACGCAAGUCGUCUGGUUCAUGUUGACAUGCCACUCUACACCCUGUGCCAGUGCAAGCAACCGAAGGGCUGCAUGUCACAGAUGAUGAGGGUCUACGUGGUCACCCCACGAGACAUUCCCAGCUGUCCGUCUGUUCGGGUCCUGAUCCAGCCCUCCGUCCAACCCCAGCCUCACCCAUGCCCAGAGUUCCACCCAGGCCUGGACUCUCCCAUAGAGCUCCCGCACGAUGGUGUCUGGGUUCUCAGGCUCCCUCACAUGUACCAAGACGAGAACUGUGUGUACCUGAUGCCCAACGACCCCCAGCAGCUGCACGCCUGCCACGUGCCCAAGGGAAUGUUUGACUACAGGAUCUUGUGAGAAAUCUGUCAAGUUCAAGGACUCACGAAGCAGUCAUUCGUCCCAUUUUCCACAGAGUGGAGCCACAACGGGGAAGUGAACCGGCAUCUGUGGUGUUGCAGUUGGGCACCUUGCUGUCGCAUCAUGCAGAAGACCUGAGUUUGAUUCGCGAGUGGGGAGAAAAUUUUUAUGGAGCAUCUCAGGUCUUUCUGCUGGGA